AAUAACACCACUCUCUGCGCAACAUAAGUCGGGUUCGGUUCGUAAUCAUCAGCCGCUAGUUGUCAGAAGAGGUGUUGUUCUGCGCUUUUUUUCUGCUGAGUUGAGUGAAUAAAAUACCCAGGAUAUUUCCCCCAAAAUAUAAUGAAAAUUACUGUGCGAAAGUGAAAAUAACCAUUGCUCGCGGUGGGUGAAGUGUUGUUGAUUUUUAUUUUCCAGUAAAGCUGAAGGAAGAACUGCCCUAGAGAGUGUGUGCAAUCAAGUGCGGAAGAAGUGAAGAUUGGAGUGGUGAAAGUGGACCCUGCCAUUGAUUGUCGGAGGAAAAAGUUCCGGAAGAGACUUCCCAGGCGAUCCUUUCGAUCUGGACCAACCGGAACCGAGGGGAGAAAGAGAGAGAUCCGGCGUCUCUAGAAGGAUUCCCAACUUUAAGGCCACAGAUAAUGGAUAUGUAUAGUACCGAAGAUGCCAGCAGAUCAACAGCAGACAUUCCUGAGGGCAGAACGCGAAACAGUCGGAAACGUAAAUACACAUCGGACGAAGCGGACACAGAAAAUCAGCGGCCAGCUAAGCGACAUGGGGGCGAUCGGCGGUCACCAAUUGCGGCAGCCUCGGCGCCCUCAGUACCAGUGCCGAGCGUGGUCAGUUCGGCAGCAUCCACAAACAGUAGCAGCAGCAUCAACAUCCCGACAACUACCACCGACUACACCUCCGACACACAGAGCUCGUCCGAGUGCUACUCGACGACGGCUGAAUUCGACAUUUUUCCGCUCGCUAGUCCCCCGUCUGUAAACAGCAAUAUUCUUAGCCCCUCGAGUGAUGGAUCCCGUGCCAGUUGGAACACCAAGGGUAACACGACACCGCACGGGAUCAAGAAAACCUCUUCACACAACCAUAAUCGUGAUAAUAGCAGUAAUAACAACAACAAUUGUAGUAGAUCUCGCGUACCCGCCAUCUCCUGCUGCGUGACGCCCUCGGCUGAGCUGAGGACUUGUCCGCUGCCACACCUAUCCUGGGCAGAAUCGGGAGAUGUGUGGAAAAUCAUGUGUCGGAAGGACGAGAAGGCGUCACUCGAACGAGAACCGAACAUGUUCGAUCAGCAUCCAGGGCUACAGCCAAGGAUGCGGGCAAUCCUGCUGGACUGGUUAAUCGAGGUGUGCGAAGUGUACAAACUACAUCGGGAAACGUACUAUUUGGCGGUCGAUUACAUCGAUCGAUAUCUCAGCCGGAAGAAAGAGCAGAAGAAAACCCAUCUUCAGCUACUCGGCAUUACCUCACUGUUCGUUGCGGCAAAGGUUGAAGAAAUAUACCCACCUAAAAUAGGGGAAUUCGCUUACGUAACGGAUGGCGCCUGCUCCGAGGAGGAUAUACUACGCGAGGAACUACUGUUGCUCAGUGAACUCCAGUGGAGUAUUAAUCCGGUAACAGUAAUGGGUUGGCUGGGUCUGUAUAUGCAAAUUAAUGUCACUAGUCGUCAACGCGAGAUGGUUAACCCGCAUGCUGGAAGUGCAGGCUAUCGGAAACAACAACAACAACAACAACAACCAUCAGCGACUAGUCUUACGUCGAAGGAUAGCAAGCCGGAUUCUUUUGUAUAUCCUCAGUUUUCUGGUUUGGAGUUUGCCCAGACCGCUCAAUUGUUAGAUCUUUGUUCGCUGGACGUGUGUCUCGCGAAUUUUCCUUACUCUGUGAUUGCGGCGGCCGCCAUCAGCCACACAUUUGAUAGAAAAACUGCGAUGAAUGUAUCCGGCCUAGACUGGGAAGUGAUCGCUCCGUGUGCCAAGUGGAUGGAACCAUAUUUCUUGGUGCUAUGCGAUGAAAACGAAGUUUCACCCUUAGCUCUGCUCGAAGCGAACGAUCAGAUCAAGUCCACAUUCGGUUUAGCCCAUGUUUGUCCUAACAUGGUGACAGACAGUUCGCACAUCAUUCAAACGCAUUCUACAUCGUUGGAUAUGUUUGAUAGCGCCACUCUGCGUCGUGAGCAACUCGAAACGUUGGCCUGUAUGAUACAACAGGAGGCUUCGCCAGCACCGGUUCUCGAACCGGACUGCCUUUUGACGCCUCCAGCGUCGAGUAGGAAAUCAUUGGACGCAAGCAAUUCCGUCAAUCCGCUCGAGAUGCAAAAUAAAGCGGUUAAUGCAAAGACUUGAUAGACGAGAUCAGUUUCAUCUAUACAAGUGCCUGUUUGGGAGGAAGCCUAUAUAAACCCAUUUAACAAGUGCCGCCGAGAGAAAACAGUCAAAUGCAAAUACAGAGUGAAUAAUAAAAACAGAUGCAUCGUUAUGAUGGCAAUCUUCGUUGAAACCAACGAGAAAAAAAAUUACGUUUCCAAACAGAAUUAUGUAACAUCAGAGAGAAGUACGCUUAUUACACUAUAUUGUUCAUUACAUUGUUAGCAUAAAACAAGACUUUUGAUGAUUAACAGUUAAGUUUCCAGUUGAUUACUACUAUGUGGGCAAGAAGAUUUCAGUUGGAUUUUCACACACAAAAAAGAGAAAAAAUCAAUCCGUAGUUUAAUUUUAUAACUACCGACUUAAUUAUGUUGACUAAGUGAGAUGUAUUUGAAUAUUUUAUUGUAUUGGUAAAUCUAGUACAGUUAGCGGAGCAAAGAUGAAUAAACAAAAAAAUGAAACUAGUAACA